AUGGGGGCCAUGGCCUGGCUUCUACCAGACCCCACCGCCAAGCCGCCGAAAGAGAACGUCGUGUCGGCCUGCAAGCGGCGUCAAGAGGCCAGUCGUUUUGUCAUCGUCUUGUUGUGCCACGCCGACCACACGGUGACAAUUGCCAGGGUGACACAGCACCACAUCAAGGUCACCCCGGCCACGGAAGACCAAGUCGAAACAGACUUGGGCACUCUCGUUGGCAUUGUCAUUGAGAAGGGGCACACCCACCUCAAACGAGCAGGCACGAAGCGAGCCUUGCUCGGAGGUGGUGGAAGCUUUUGGGGCAACCUCAAGGCCCAGCCCUGGGACCCCCACUUCAUGUGCGGCGGCGGCGCCUGGACUUUGAAGGCGGCGGCCGACAAGUGGGCGUUCUUAAAGGACUGGCUCGUCGUGACUUCGAACAACCCAUGUGGUGAAAAGCUGCAGUUUUGCUUGGCAAGGUGA